GAUAAGUCAUGCGUCGCUGGGUCCUCCGUAGCACAUAUCGUGAGAUCUUCAAUGACGGAUCCAAUUACCCUGGUCUUACAAAGCACACUGAGCGUUCUCCGGACUUCCGAGUCCGUCAUAUAUAUUGAGCAACAUGCAAACGUCUCUCCAUCGCAGCAACGAUGUCCGAACCUAUCAUUUUCUACGACAUUCCAGGAAAGCAUCCUAAAUACAAAGGAUGGUCUCCUAAUACGUGGAAAACGCGAUAUGCCCUGGCAUUUAAGGGUCUCCCUUUCAAAACGGAGUGGGUCGAAUAUCCUGAUAUCGAGAGUGUUUCCAAGGAGCUCGGUGUUAACCCCACUGGCACCAAGAAGGACGGCAGUCCGUUAUACACUCUUCCCUUGAUCUACGAUCCAAACACAAAGACCACUGUGGUGGAUUCGCUAGAAAUUGCCAGAUACCUCGAUAAGGCGUACCCAGACGCUCCCGCGCUAUUUCCAAAGAAUACGCGGACUUUACAGACGGCAUUUUUGGCCGCCAUUGGUGCAAUUGUCAUGGGGCCGCUCUUCACCACGAUCAUACUUGCUACCUGUAACAAUCUGAACCCUCGCAGCGCAGAGUACUUCCGUAGUACCAGAGAGGACCUUUUUGGAAAGAAACUCGAGGAGCAUGUUCCAGAAGGGGGUGAGGGUACGAAGCGAUGGAAGGAGACUCAGGAGGCGUUCAAUAAACUCGCAUCAUGGCUAGAUGCCAACGAAGGGAGUGGUGCUUUCGUUAUGGGAGAAACGAUAAGCUACGCAGACAUAGACAUUGCUUCGCGUCUUAUUUGGACUAAGAUAGUUCUUGGGGAGGAUUCGAAUGAGUGGGGGCGAUUCAAGAUCUGGAACGAUGGACGAUGGGACCAGUUUCUGAAGUCACUGGAGAAGUACGAGGUUUUAUCGUAGCCAUAGUAUCUUGAGUUGAGCCAUCGGAAACCAUAGGAAUGCACGACGCCGCUUAAAACAUAUAUUUGCUCAGAAUGACACGUGCCAACACUCUGAGGUGACAAAACAAACGUAUAACGCCGAGAAUAUCUUGACCUUUCAAUGUUCGGUGUAUGAUCUUGUAUGAUGCGAUCUCAUUUUAGUGAUGUGAAGUCGAGGUUAGUGGAUACUGUGAGCAUCAUGGUGUAUAUAUAUCACACAUGGAUAAGCCCCGGGUCGAAACACUUAUCAGAUUUCUUCCCUACAC